AUGGCCUCUUACACAAGUCCACAUUUCGAUCUUUUCACAGACCCGCCAAAGGAUGAAUCAACAACUGAGUAUGAGUAUAUAGAAUAUCUACCCAGGAACAGCAAUGACAUGAAUAAAGAUCAGCAUAUCAUAGAAACCAAGGAUCUUGAUGAGUAUCUCCUUCCUCACAAAGCACUGCUUGAGGUUCGUGGACGUCUCGUCAAAGCAGCAGAUGACUCCAAUUAUGAUCCUGAUGAUAUCAUCACUCUUUCCAACAACGGUUGGUCACUCUUCAAGACUGUUGAGUAUCAACUUGACAACAAUAUGGUAGAGAAAGUUGAUAGUCAUGUACCACAAGCUUCUACCAUUCUCAAUCUAGUCCAGUUUAGUGAUGAUUAUGGGAGAAGUUCUGCUACCAUCAUGCUCUGGUACAAGGACCCAGGAACUGGACAAGCAUCUCCUAAUGAGUUUAGGGAUUCAGGUGCAUUGUUGCCAGUAAAUCCUAUCACAGACGUAACAGCACUUACUGGAAAAAAUUUCAGAGAUAAUUUUCAGACAGGAGCUCUAAAGAAUCCUGCUUACAAUACCGGAUUCAGAGCCCGACAACUCAUCACGACUGGAAAUAAGGAUACAACCAUGUUGCUUCCUUUAUCAUCACUGUUGGGUUUUAGUAAAGAUAUUGAUACGGUAUUCAUGGGAGUCAAGCAUACACUCAAUCUUACCAGAGAAUCAUCAGCCAACUACAUUCACAGAGCAAAUGGUGUUGAUCCAGGAAGGUUUGACAUCAAACAUCUUUCUUUGUGGAUACCAAAGGGGAGACCAUCACUCCAACUAGCUAGUAAGAUUGAAAGUAAGUUGGUUAAGUCCACCCUCCGAGAUCUGUACUUCGAGCAAGUCCGGGUUUAUAGAAAUCAGUAUGGAUCAACGGAGACAAACCCAUCCUGGAGAGUGACUACUCGCAGCAAUGAGGAACUCCCAACUCAUAUCUUCUUUGCCAUCCAAGCAGCCAAUCGAAGUGGGAAUGAAGAACAGAACAACCAGGUUUUCGAUAAUGCUGACCUCAGAAGCUUGUCUGUGUACAUCAACAGCGAUAGAUUCCCAGAACGUGAUUUGGAUAUGAAUUUCAGUCCAGCUACUCGGAGUUAUACAAGAGCAUACAUGCUUUUCCAAGAAGCCAUCCAAAAAUAUGCUGACACAGACAGUGGAAGUCAGGUAAGUGUGGAGGAUUUUGCCUCUUUGUACACCAUCAUUCAUGUAGAUGUGAGUAAGCAUAAGGAGAAGCUGAGGAACAGCUCUGCUGAUAUCGAACUUCGAUGGAGACUUGGAAAACCGUUUGAGUUUCCCACUGGUACAGCUGCUUCUUACCAAACCAUCUGUUUGAUUCUCUCCGAACGUCAUCUCAAACUCAAUGGUAUGAAUGGCAAAAUGAGUGUUGUGGUGCAAGAAAAAAGAUAA